AUGGCGAAGGCCAGUCGCAGUGUUCUUCUCCCGCUUUGUCGCUAAGAGUCUACUAUUUUCUCCUCCAUUGCCAAGAAUCUCGGAGAGGGAAUGGAACACGUGUGUGUUGAAACGCUAACUAGACCCUAUAGACCGUACAAGAUGUGUGCUUGAAGCGCGCGUAGUGCGGCACGUGUCAGUGAAGAGUGAGCAAAGCGCGCCCUCUUGCCCGUCAGUCCAAGCCGUGGUUUGACUGACUUAGUCAAAGCGAGUUUACCGUUAAACGCUGUUACUAUUUGUGCUGGGUUUCAAGUUAUAGCCUACCUUCCGUUGUCAUUUACCAUAUAACUUUGUGUUUAUAGGACCUGGAUCACGAGCUCGACUAUGGGGCGGGUUUAUGCGGGAUAACCGAUGCCAGUUAUCUGAAGUAAAACCGACGGUAAAACCGACGAGAGCGGAGUAGGCUACGUUCAUGGAUGCUCCUGGGACACGGUGGAAUGCUACGGAGAAAACCCACUGACUGAUUCGGGAAAUUACAUAGCUGUUUAUUAACUUGGAGUGUUUCCUUCUCGCUGGAAUUGUAGCUUUAUGGGAAAGUGCGGCGUCAUUUCUUCGCGAUAAACCUGCUAUGUGUCUUGUGUGGCAAACACCUCGCGGAAGGUGUACAGCGGGAUAUAGACUGGGACGACUGGAGAUCUGCAAUUGAUACAACACCGUUCUUUUCGAGCGUAAUGCACCUGGAAUGAGGAUAGACGAUGGAUAUAAUUUGGGAAAUAUUUAUCAUUCUUCAAGCCAACUUUAUUGUCUGCAUAUCAGCGCAGCCGAACCCCCCUAAAAUCCACGAGGGGUGGUGGGCCUACAAGGAGGUUGUCCAAGGCAGCUUUGUUCCAGUGCCGUCGUUCUGGGGGCUAGUGAACUCGGCCUGGAACCUGUGCUCCGUGGGGAAGCGUCAGUCUCCCGUCAACAUCGAGACCAGUCACAUGAUCUUCGACCCCUUCCUCACCCCGCUCAGACUCAACACCGGCGGACGCAAGGUGGGCGGGACCAUGUACAACACUGGCCGCCACGUCUCUCUGCGAUUGGACAAGGAGCACCUGGUAAACAUCUCGGGCGGACCAAUGACGUACAGCCACCGUCUGGAGGAGGUCCGGCUUCACUUCGGCAGCGAGGACGGUCAGGGCUCGGAGCACCUGCUCAACGGACAGGCCUUCUCUGGAGAGGUGCAGCUGAUCCACUACAACCAUGAGCUCUACACCAACUACACAGAGGCAGCCAAGAGUCCCAACGGCCUGGUGGUCGUCUCCAUAUUCAUGAAGAUAGCCGAGACUUCGAACUCCUUCCUGAAUCGGAUGUUGAAUAGAGAUACCAUCACAAGAAUAACAUACAAAAAUGAUGCGUACCUGCUGUCAGGCCUCAACAUGGAGGAGGUGUACCCCGAGACGUCCAGCUUCAUCACGUACGAGGGCUCCAUGACCAUCCCGCCCUGCUUCGAGACGGCCACCUGGAUCCUCAUGAACAAGCCGGUGUACAUCACUCGGAUGCAGAUGCACUCCCUGCGUCUGCUGAGCCAGAACCAGCCGUCUCAGAUCUUCAUCAGCAUGAGCGACAACGUGCGCCCGGUGCAGCCGCUCAACAACCGCUGCAUACGCACCAACAUCAACUUCAGCACGCAGGGCAAGGACUGCCCCAACAACCGGGCCCAGAGGCUGCAGUACCGAGCCAAUAUAUCUGGGCAACUGCUGCACAAAUGUGAAUUUUACCCCUGAAGCGUAAAUACAUUGAGGGCCAGAGGUAACCCACUACUAUUACUUGUCU